AGCCGGGAGUUAAGAUUGCUCAAUCUUUGGUGGAAGUGUUGGCAAAAAAUUAACUUUUCUUAUUCAGAGACAAUCGUGAUAUCUAUAUAAAAUGUAUUGUUGUUAUUCAUCAGGUGUUAUCAUGAAAAAUGUACGUUUAGUGGUUUUUUGUGUAUUUUUGGGAAGUUUAGUAAAGUGCGAAAUAAGUAACACCAAGUUUUUAACAACUUCCACAAGAUCGUCAGUAAUGAGUAUACCAAAGCCAGAAUCGAAUAUACCAAGAACAAUUAAAGAUCAAAAUAAAACGUUAGACGUAUCAACUUCAACCAAAGGUCCCAUAAUAAGACAAAAUGAAGUCACAACUCCAGAGAGCACUACUCCUACGGAAACCACCAACACAGAACCUGUCGUAGAUUUAGAGUGUCCAGAAUUAUCCACCAUACCCAACUUAAAUAAGUAUACGCAAGAGGAACUCAUCUUGCUAUUAACUGAUGGCUGUCGAUAUGAUAGACUUAUAAAGCCACCUGGAGAACAAAUAGAAGUAUUUUUCCGAAUGGAUAUAACACAUAUUGAGUCAGCAGACCAUUUGAAGUCUCAAAAUAUCCGAAUUAUGAUCAAGCGGAGUUCUAAAGGGCCCCCUCGCCGUACAGAUGAAACAAGUCGUAGUCACAUAAGCCAACUCAAAGCUCACAUUUUGGUCCAAAUGAGAUAUAAAGAUAUCCGAUUGAGUUAUGCUGCUUUGAGUCCAAACAAACGAUUUAUCAGAGGAGAAGAGGAUUUAAAAGACAGAAUCUGGGCACCGCAUUUGAUUCUGUCUAACGAGAAGGAAUCCAGUUUGAUGGGUUUAAGUGAUAAAGAUAUAUUUAUACAGAUAAACCCAGAUGGAGAAGUUGUAUAUGGAUAUAGACUAAGUACCUUAUUCUAUUGCUGGAUGGACUUGAAGAAGUUUCCGUUUGAUCGCCAGACUUGCGAUCUUACAUGGGUUAGUUGGGCCUAUAAUGCAACUGAUCUAGCUAUAGAAUGGGAAACCGAUUCUCCAUUUACGAUAGGAAAAAAUCUUCAUUUGACCGAGUUUAUUAUAGAGGAGAGUUGGACAGAAUCGCAUAUUUUGCCAAAUCAAUUUUAUCAAGGUGGACAAGGCAAAAGUGGAAAUUAUAGUGCCAUAGUGUUUAAAUUUAAUCUUAGGAGAGAAGUUGGUUAUUAUAUAAUGGAUUACUAUCUACCGUCUAUGCUAUUGGUAUGUACAUCGUGGGUUACCUUUUGGCUACAAGCUGAUGCUUCUCCUCCCAGGGUUGUAUUGGGUACCUCAACUAUGCUUGCUUUUAUUACAUUAAACGCCAAUUUAAGCAAAAAUUUGCCCAAAGUUUCAUACAUAAAACUGAGCGAAAUUUGGUUCUUAGCUUGUACAAGUUUUAUAUUUUUUUCACUCGCUGAGUUUGCUUUUGUAAACGUAAUAUGGAGACGAAAGAAAAAAGUAGAACUAAAGAAACCUAGCAGCAAACAUAUACUAAAAGGUGCCAUCACACCCAGUCUAGCAAGAAGACAUGUAAGAAAGGCAAAUUCAAUGAACAACCUUCAUAAAACAAGAUCGUGUAGCAGCCUUGAUAAAGAACAGGAGGAAAAGAACAUACAACAAAAUUAUUUAACCGUUCAUAGUUUCCCAAGCUCUUUAAUUAUACCGACUAUAACACAUAGUCAAGAUGAUCUCAUAGACGAUAGUUCAGUAACUACAGUUCCCGUUCUUGAAGCACAACAUCAUAACUACCAUCUACCUGCUCAUUUCACCACUAUGACUCCACAAGAAGUAGCCAUCUGGAUAGACAAAAAGUCAAGAAUUGUUUUUCCAGUUGCAUUUUUAAUUUUUAAUGUAUUUUAUUGGUUAUUUGCAUAUAUCUUAUAAUACAUAAUUAUAUUUUUUAAAUAUUUUAACUGUGAUCUGAAGUGUAUACAUAGACUGCCAAAAAUGUUUAGUUAUUAGCUAUUAUUACUUUCCUUGUACUUGUUAUAAUAAAACCCUGACUUAUAUUAUUAGUCUCCAUUCCUCCAAAUUGCAGUAAAACCCCGCAAAUAAGAACUAAUUGGGGGACACCCUGUUCGGAUUCCGAUAAGUUCAGAUUAACCGAAAGUUAACUUAUAAUUCAAAGCUUUCGUUGACGUUGAUUUGGAGUCGCUCACCUGUCUCACUCUUUCCCUCUCCCACCCAUCUCAGAUUGAUGUCACUGUUAGUUAACGGUCAUUGGCAAAUAUAAAAAACCACGAGCUUUGAAUAACAUGAGCCUGGUUAUUAUAGGGCCUUAAGGAAAUCAUGAAUGAAUAGUGUCGUCAUUAUAAAAUAUGGCAGUGUCCGUGUUUAAAAGAUAUUUCUGCUUUAUACAUACGGCGAGCCAUAUGGUUUGUUUUUCGUUGUUUUAAGGUGAAGGGAUGAUGGGCGUACUAGCCAGCCCACUUGAGAUUGAAACCUAUGAUAAGAAUGUAUUGCAGUUUUAAGGAAUGUGUAGAUAUUGGAUAUUAUGUUUUUAAGUCAGUCGAGUUUGUAACAUUCUUCGGAUAACAUCCAAAUAAAAACUUUAUUUUAAGCUACACUUGCGUAUUUUUAAUAGGGGUAAUUUUCUGUAAACGAAAGUUAUUUUCUAUAAUUUAAUUUCGAACCAGGGAUCUUUGCGUGAAGUAACUCGUGGACAUCCCUACGUAACAUUUUGGCGACCGCGAUAAGGACUUAGAUAUAUACGGCUGUGCUUAAAAGUUAGUUGUUUCCGCGUAUUUAGUGUACACUUUUUUCCGGCGAAUAAAUUCGUUUGUCGUGAGGCUCGGCCGAAGUUGUUACCCUUGUAAGCGAGAAAUAUGGCAUUAGAAUUAGAAACAAAACGCCGAACAGUGCUUCAUACUGCUUUUACGACAGCUGCUAAUGUUUUGAACAAUUUGUUAUCUGAAACGGUGGACACUCGACCCUGCAGCGGGACUCCGUGCACUUUCGUUUCAAGCGAUGCGAUCGCAUUUAUGCAAAUUAGCAGAGUAUAGACGUAGUAGAAGAGGUGUUCCCAAAUUCCCAACAGACUACUAAAUUCCACACGGACGUAAGCAGUGAUUGGUCGUUAUCAUCUGAUUUUGACAUAGAUAGACAUAUGGAUUUGGAUGAAUUUUUGUGGUUAUAAUGGAAAUAUGAAGACGUGGAAAGAUAUGCAGAAAGUUGAGACAAGUUAUGUAAGGUCUAGAACAGUUCACACAAAGAAACAAGAUGAUUUAUACUAUGAGUAUAGUUUUUAAUCAAUUUCAUGCUAUGAGUGUAACAGAAAUAACAUAAUAAUAUGCAAGGAGUAUAGAUGCUAGGAGAGUAUAUUAUAUUCAUUGAUGUGGAUAUAAGCCCAACUAUAAAAUAAUUAGGACACAGAAACCUGUUCCAUUCAUUGUCCCUCCAGACUGAUUUGCAAACUGUGAGAUCAAGGACAGCUUUCUAUCAGUUAUGUAUUGGAAAACACAUGCUGAACCAUGCAUCUGUAAAAACUACAAGAAAAAAUGGUUGUAGAGAAAUUAAUGAGGUGCCACCCAAUAAAAUUUCAUGAGAUUCAAGAAUGUGAAGAUACAUGAGCAAUUUCAGAUGAUGCUGCAAGGUGUUUGGGAGAAAAUAAAAAGAGAAACUGAGUAAACAUUGAAUUUGAUAUUAAGAUAGUUUUUUAGCUCACAAAUGUUUUUUGUUUUGUAUCUGUAUUAAAUUUUUAUUAUACAGUAGGUACUUAGCACCCCAAUUAUCCGUGCUCCUCGUGACCGGAAGUGGCACGGAUAAUUGAAAAGCACAGAUGAUCCAAUCAUUAAUUUCUUAUACAGUGAGCACGUAAAGGUUGGAAUAAAUUCAUUUUCUCGAGAAUGGACGACUUUUGAAAAAAAUCCCAAAACAGGUCAAUUUUUAAUUUUAAAUUACGACUUUUUGGCAUAUAUAUAAUACUAGUGACGUCACCCAUCUGGGGGUGAUGACGUCAUCGAUGAUUUUUUUAAAUGAGACUAGUAGUCGUGUGAUAGCUCAUUUGAAAGGUAAUUCAAUUCUCUAUUCAGUAAUAUAAACAUUAACAUAAAUAUUUAUACAGGGUGUCCAAAAAAUUUAUUUUUGUAUUAAAUUUAUUGACAUAAAAAGAAGAAUGUAUGUAAUUUAUUUAUUUCAAAAUACAUUUUACUGCUCGCAGAAAACAGAAAAAAAAGUAUAUUUGAAAAAUAAUCAUUGCUUUUUGCUUAAAUUAAAUGUUCAAAUUGUCACAAGGCUGGUGGGUACCUGCUUUAAUAUUGAAUUUAAGCCAAAAACAAUAUUUAUUUGCCAAAAACACAUUUUUUCCUGUUUUAUGAUAGCAGUAAAAUGUAUUUUGAAUUAAAUAAAUUACACUCAUUCUUCUUUUUAUGUCAAUAAAUUUAAUUCAAAAAAAUUUUUUUUGGGCACCCUGUAUAAAUAAUUAUGUUAAUGUUUAUAUUACUGAAUAAAGAAUUGAAUUACCUUUCAAAUGAGCUAUCACACGACCCCUAUUCUCAUUUAAAAAAAACAUCGAUGACGUCAUCACGCCCAGAUGGGUGACGUAACUAGUAUGACAUAUAUGCCAAAAAGUCUUAAUUUAAAAAUAAAAAUUGACCUGUUUCGGGAUUUUUUCCCAAAAUCGUCCGUUCUUGAGAAAAUGAAUUUAUUCCAACCUUUACGUGCUCACUGUAUAUGAUUCAUAUAAGAAUAUUUCAUAAGAAUUUCUUAUGCAUGAUAUGUACUUACCUAUCAUAAAAAAAUAACAGAAAAAAUAAAUCUUUCAUUAUGAGUCUCCUUUUCUGCAUAUAGAGUUUCUGUCGAGUGAUUAAAGUGAUGCUAUUUUGAUAAAACCUUAAAAAUUCAAUUUGAGUAAUAGAAAAUCAUAGCACGGAUAAUCCGCAGCCCGGAUAAUGGGCACACGGAUCGGGGUUCUACUGUAGUUGUAUAGGCUAAUUUACAAGAAUGUUAGUUUGUUUUUAUAGAUUUUACUUGAUUCAUAAAUAUUGUGAAAUUUCUUAUAAGAUUAUAUUUACAUAUAUACGCAUACUUAAUUUAGGUCUGAAUUUUAAAGAAUUGUUAAGUAAUGAUGUUAUUUUAUAGACAACAUUAUAAUAUACUAGAGUUGUACUUUAAAAAUCAAAAUAUUACUGGGUCCCAGGCGGGGUUUAGAGGGGUUUUACCUUCGCCAUUGCACCAAUAAGAGCCUCCCCUCCUUUGAUUUCCGAGAUUUUUAAUAAAGAAUAAAAAAUUUUAAACAUUA